AUGGAGCAUAGUCAGAAAAUUUCACCAGAGAAAUAUGUGGAAGUCUCUAAAACAAAAACUGAAAGCUUUGAAAGCACAACAAGGAACAUGCAGGCUUAUAUAUCACGAUACCAAGCUCAUGAAAGUAAAAGAAUUGAGAAUAUGCUCCCAUCAUACACAUUCACCGACCGUUUUUUGCUCAAAUUAUUCAAUAUUGAUGCUUGGUUAGAGUUCGGAACCUGA